AAUAUAAUAAAAACUUCUUAAUUAAUAAAUAUGUAAAAAAUUAUUUAUGACCCCUAAACAAUUAUAAAUAUAUAUAUAUAUAAAAGUUUGAAUCUUAGCAUUAGUUGAAAACUAAUAUUUUUGGGGAGCUCUGAGCGUAGGCACAUUUUGCACUUGCUUAGGGCCGACCUUAAUUAAAAUAUACAAAAUCAAAAAAGAUAUAUUAAAACAAAAAGACUUUCACUCUAUCAUAUCUUAUAACGUAAAAGGUGUUUUAUUAAUUUAAAAAAUAACUUGUGUUUACUAACAUUUUCUCUUACCAUCACGCGUGUGAACCAAAUACAUUCUCCACGUCUUUAAUUUUAGGACUCCCUCCCUCCUAUAAAUCCCACCACCAAACACUACCAUUUUCACUUUCCACUUUGAUCAAUUCCCAUUCUUCUCAUUCUCUUUCUCUUCUGAAAAAGUCUCUAACCCUAAUUUCUACUCUUAAUUCAAACAACAUUAUGUGUCCUACUAAAUUCGCCAACGAAUUCGCUCUUUUGUCUCUAGAAUCUUCUCUUUUCGCCGAUAAACUCGCCAAUGAUCUUCCUCAACCUGAUAUUCACGUCAUCACUUCUGCCGGCCUUCGCAUUCCUGCUCAUUAUCACAUUCUGGCAAUGGCAUCUCCGGUGGUGGAGAAGAUUCUGGAAAAACCGAGAAGGAAUCGGAAAACAGGGAAGAAUGUUAUUCCCAUUCUUGGAGUUCCUUGUCAUGCCGUUUCUGUCUUUGUGCGAUUCCUUUAUUCAUACCGUUGUACCGAAGAAGAGAUGAAGAAGUAUGGAAUUCAUCUUCUAGCACUCUCCCAUGUAUACUCUGUACCAAAGCUUAAACAGGGAUGUACUAAAGCAUUAGCUGAUGGACUAAUGGUUGAGAAUGCUAUAGAUGUACUUCAAUUAGCUAGACUAUGUGAUGCACCUGAUCUUUAUCUCAAAGCUAUCAAAUUGGUUGCUACCAAAUUUAAAGCUGUUGAGAAAACUGAGGGCUGGAAGUUUCUUCAAAAACAUGAUCCUUGGCUUGAGCUCGAGAUUUUACAGUUCAUGGAAGAAGAUGAAUUGAGGAAAAGGAGGACAAAAAAACAGAAGGAAGAGCAGAAGCUGUACAUACAGCUAAGCGAGGCAAUGGACCGUCUAGUACACAUUUGCACCGAAGGAUGCACCAGUGUGGGGCCCUAUGACAUGGAACCGUCCAAGAAGAAGGAGCCUUGUAAAAAAUUCUCCACGUGUCAUGGCCUCCAACUUUUGAUCAAACAUUUUGCCACGUGUAAUAAAAGGCAUAAUGGAGGGUGUUCCAGAUGUAAAAGGAUGUGGCAACUACUUAAGCUUCAUUCCUCCAUGUGUGAGCAAUCUGGCUCUUGCAGGGUUCCUCUUUGCAGGCAAUUCAAAUUGAAAAUGCAACAACACAAAAAGGGAUCAACCGAAGAUGCAAAGUGGAGGCUUUUAGUGAGGAAGGUUGUUUCAGCCAAGACCAUAACUUCCUUAUCUCCGUCUAAACCACAUGUACUUAAACAAUUCAAGACGCCUAGUCUACUCCAUCACUCCAACCAUAAUGGACCCAUUUCCUGUCCAUAAUUUUGCUAGGUUAUGGUGGAGUCAUAUGAAUACGCCGGCCUUUUUUUAUAGAUAUUUUUAUAUUAGUGUGUAAAAAUUUGAGUUAAAAGAUUUUUCUUUUCAUUUUUUCGGAGUUUUUGUUGUUGUAAUGUUUGGAAUGGUCAAACGGUGCAACUAAAAAAAUCUCAAAAGGUUUUUUUUUUUUUUUUUUUUUUUUUGAGAGGUGGUUGUAUAUUAGUAUUAGAGUAUUAGUUUGGUGUAGGAUAUCUAUUUCACUUCUCGCUCAAAGUUUUAGGUAGUAGAGGAGACUGGAGAUAGUUGAAAUAUGAUGCUAUUAUUGUGAAUAGUUUUAAGUGAGAGAUAUGUCAUAUGAUAGAUUAUCUUUGGUUGUAUUUAUAAUAUAGAAAAUAAUAAUAUCUUUUUAAGAAGAGUAAAUGAGAAAGUUUGCUUUGUAUCUUUGUGCACCUAA